AUGCUGGAAUGUGUGGGGUUUGGGCAACCCACGUACAUUCCGAGCUCUGAGAUUCCUUAUAGAGAUAAAAAGCCUCGCAUCAUCUUUUCGUCGGAGACCAAAAAGACGGUGCGCCAGAUGGAGUGUGUGCAACGGCAGUUAGGUAUGAUGGGGUGUUUCAGUGUUGGGAGAGAAGGCAGGGCGGGGGGUUUAGCGUUGUUAUGGCAGCACAAAGUGGAUGUAUCUAUUCUGUCUUAUUCGCCAAGGCAUAUUGACGCUAUUUUAAAGGGGGGUGGAUAUGGAGACUUUUCGUUUUACUGGGUUUUAUGGGAAUCCUGA